AUGACAAACUCCUCGAUACGUUACAGCGCGCUGAGGCCCGACGAGCCGGGGUCCUCCACCAGCGAUGAAGUUCGAUUUGGGACCGAUCCCGAUUAUUUCAAGUCGGCAUUUACGUACGCAAAGUACAAUGAUCUCGACCGGAUGGGCUAUCAGGUCCCUCAAAGAUUCGGAAAAUGGGCUAGGAAAAGUGUCGGGCGUUUUACUUAUACACCACGAGACACUUGGGAGCAGGAAGAUGAGGAAGUAGUGGAGAAACCACUAUCCUAUAUAGAGUUAAUCAUCGUCGUCAUCGCGGCCAUUCUCGCGAUAGCAACCAUGCCCUUCUCGUUAAUUUUUACGCUAAAGCUCGUCGGUCCGACCGAAAAACUGGUGGUGAUGCGGUUGGGCCGUGCGAUGAAGCCUCGGGGCCCAGGACCGUCUCUGGUAUUGCCUUGCAUCGAUUCUGUCCACCUUGUCGAUACACGACUCAACGCAUUCUCAGUUCCGCCGUUGAAGAUUAUAACGCAAGACCGCGGUCUCGUAGAACUUGGCGCCACCGUAUAUCUAAAAGUUCGUGACGUGAUGGCGGCAGUUUGCGCCAUUCAGGAGCGCGAUUCUUCAACCCGAACGCUGGCAUCGACGCUUCUCUAUCGGCACGUCAGCCAAAAGAGGGUCUGUGACAUGAGUCACGCACAUCAAAAACGUGAACUUGCUACAGCAGUCAAAGAGGAAAUGGGCUCCUUCACGCAGCAAUACGGAGUGGAAAUUACGGAAGUCGAGCUUUCGGAGGUCAAGGUCGAGAAAGCCGGUGAAAACAUGGGAAUGGCUGCCCUAUCAGCAGUCGCCAAGUCGGAAGUCGGCCAACAAAUCUGGAGCGUUAUCGGGCCGACGCUCGAAGAUAUCGCGAAAGAGGCACAAGAACAGAAAAAAGAUGAGGAUGAAUACACUUCUGCGUCCUUGAUAGACCUCAGUGGGCUAAAUGGAGAAGACACGCUGCCGAAAAAGUUACCACAGCCAACUGGUCCCCAAGUAGAUAUUACAAAGCUGCUUGCCAUAGUAAACCUUGGCAUCGACGAUUCGCUAACGCACGCGGUUGGCAAGGUCUACCAAAUACAUUGUGAAGGCCAUGAGUCUUUCUACAUUGAUCUCAAGCAUGGGAGCGGCAAGGCGGCUAAGGGCACAAUAGAACACCCGAACGUGGUGCUACACGUGCAAGGUUCGAUUCUCAGCGGGCUGCUAUCGGGAGCGAUCUCGCCCCUGACCGCAUACAUGAACGGCUCGCUGCGGAUAGAGGGUUCGGUGCAGGAUGCUACCUCGCUGUCCCACCUGGCUCAACGUGUCUCUCACUUGCUA